GCUCUAAAAUAAAUAUUAUUAUUUCAUUCAUCAUCUUAUUUUAUAAUUAUUUCGCAUAUCAUCUUUUUUUUUUUUCAUUAUUCUAUCAUUUUGCUUAUAUGUAUACUUGACUGAAUUAAACAGCUGUUUCUCUGAAAAGGGAAUAACCUAUAAAAAACAAGCAAAAUAAUUGUCGUAUAUAAUGAUGUGUUGAUGAGUGAUUAAGAAGGAAACUAAUUCUGAGUGAAUUUUAAGAAGGAAAAUAAUUCUCACGUGUAAAAAAUAAUUCUCUUGACAUGUCAAAAUCGCGACGACUCCAAUAUCAUAUGUAGUUGUCAUUUCGCCGGCGCGGUUUGAACCUUGAAACAUGGCUGAGGGAUCGUUGUCGAACAGUGACAAUCAUGAAACGGGGAGACCACGUUUUGGAACGCGAAAUUUACCCCUCGAUGGAGACGUCUUCCAGCAUAAUGCAUGGGAUAAUGUUACGUGGGAUGAGGAACAGGAAAAGUUGGCGCAACAGAAAGUGGAUGAGAAUUCUAUUGUUACGAUAUCAUAUGAAGAAUUCUUGAAAUAUGAAACUGAAGCAGACAAAUAUUGGGACAAAUUUUAUGGGAUACACAACAACAAAUUUUUUAAAGACAGACAUUGGUUACUGAUUGAGUUUCCUGAAUUGGCACCCAAUACUGUAAAACAGAAUAUAGAAAGACCUAUGAGGGCUGCACUUACCGACGAAGAUAAAAGUCACGGAGACAAGCAUAUUAAAAUCCUCAAUUUGCCAUGUAAAGAUAGUUGUAGAAUAUUCGAAAUAGGCUGUGGUGUAGGAAACACUGUAUUUCCUAUACUAAUGUACAAUACAGAUCCAAAGUUAUUUGUGUAUUGCUGUGACUUUUCUAUGAAAGCAAUCGAUAUACUACAACAAAAUCCCGCUUAUGAUGUAGAUAGGUGUAAAGCAUUUGUCCUUGAUGUGACUCAAGAAUCAUGGACAACUCCUUUUGAGCCUGAAAGUUUAGACAUUGUUAUCCUUAUAUUUGUAUUGUCUGCCAUCCAUCCUGAUAAAAUGCAACAUGUUGUGCAGCAAAUACACAAGUACUUAAAGCCAGGUGGAAUAGUUUUGUUUCGCGAUUACGGCAGAUAUGAUUUGGCACAAUUGAGAUUUAAGAAGGGUAAUUGUCUCGACAAAAACUUCUAUGUGCGUGGAGACGGCACCAAAGUGUACUUUUUCCUACAUGAGGAAAUUAGAAAGUUAUUUACCAGUAAUGGCUUCAUUGAAGAACAAAACUUUGUGGACAGAAGGCUGCAAGUUAAUAGGGGUAAACAAUUGCGAAUGUACAGAGUAUGGGUGCAGGCGAAAUAUCGGAAGGUACCGUCGUAGAAAUUGUGUAAUGCAAUUUAUCAAGAUUCCCACAAACAUAGAUUUACGACGUAGAAAUCUGGAAAUACAAUGUAAUUGGAUAAAAAUAUAUUUUUAUAUUGCU